AUGAAGACUAUGAUUCUACUGUUUUGUCUUCUAGGAUCAACUCAGUCAUUACCACAGCACAACCCUGCUUCGGGACUUCCUCCAACAAAGCUGGCUCCAGACCAGGCAAUACUGUUAAACCAACAGCAGCCAAAACAGGUCUUUCCUUCCUUACAUCUAAUACCAUUAACACAGUUGCUCACACUGGGGUCAGACCUGCAACUGCUAAAUCCUGUUGCAGGGAUGACACCAGGUGCCCAGACCCUUCCUCUGGCCCUGGGGAGGUUGAAUGUACAACACCAGCUGCAACCACAAAUGUUACCAAUUAUUGUAGCACAACUUGGAGCCCAGGGUACUGUCCUAAGCUCAGAGGAAUUGCCAGUGGCCCCACAAAUCUUCACAGGCCUCAUCAUCCACCCCUUGUUCCCAGGAGGUAUCCUGUCCACCAGUCAGACAGGGGCCAAUCCAGAGGUCCACAAUGGCAUCCUUCCUGCAGGACAAGCAGGAGUAAACCCUGCUAUCCAGGGAACCCCAGGGGGCCACCUCCCCACACCCAGUGACACAGAUGAUGAGUUAGACGUGGCCACUCCUGCAGGAAUCCUCAGGGGCAUGCACACUACCGAGGAAACCACUACGGAAUCACCAAAUGUAACAAUGAUUUGCAAAACUUCUGACAGCGAAGGUGUGGCAACAUACAGCCAAGGAUUAUUGGUUAGGCAUAUUGCGGACUAUCCCUCUAUUCAGGAUUUUCUGAUAUUUUCUCAUGAUUCAAUUGAGGUUACAGAUUUCAAGGAAGAUACCACAGAGGUGACCUGCCCUUCUCAGUGCUUCAUUCAGGAGGUAAAUGGACGUCACAGUGGAGAAGGGACACACCUGGGGGAUAUUUUGACAUCCUUUAUGGACCUGUUUGACUGUCAAGUGAUCAGAGGUGCUAUUGAUGCAAACUGGGCUAGUUCUGUUAAAGUCCUGUGA